CCGCAUUUUUCUGCUUUUCCAUCAUUGUCAGAAUGCGGACUCCAGCGAUUCGUGAUUUUCCGUUCUCAUUAUAAUUUUAUUUAUUGAAUAGAAAUGACUUUCUACUAAUAGCUAUCAUUAAUAGUACAAUUGAAAGACAUUACUUGAAGUUAUCAUAUCAGCCAAACACCCACAAUGACGGUAUACUCCAAGGAUUUACAAGAAAACACCAAUUUACAUAAGUUCAUUACUGAUUUUUAUAAGAACUCCGAUAUCAAACCUCCUAUUACUAAUGAUCCUUACUUGAAAUUUUUCACAGAGUCAUUACCUGUAAUAAUCAUGGCAAGUGCUAAAUUCGAAGGUACAAAGGCCAUUGAAGCUAUGAGACAAGGGAUGUGGAAAUUUGUCACCCAUAGACAUCAUGUUGCUCAGAAUGUGGCUACAAUUGUGGAAGGUAAAACUUAUCUUGUCAAUGGAUUUGUUGAAUAUACCUUAUUGAACGGAAACAAACUUUCAAGUGAUUGGGCUGCUUAUGUUAAAUUUGCCGAAGGUUCAGAAUUGAAAAUGGAAGAAUAUCAAGUUUAUCUUGAUACUGCUCCAAUGAAAGCUGCUAUUGCUGAAAUUUAGAUAUGAGAGGAUUUAUUUUUAAGUUAAAUUAAAUAAAAAUAAACGCGUUAAUUAUUAACAUUUGUCAACCUCCUGUAGAUAUCUCGUCUUUGGUUCAAGCUUUAUGUUACAUCCUUUCUAUGAUUUGUUGUAAGGGUCAAUUGACAUAAAAGAUUGUCAUCUGCUAUGUGAGAUGAUUUGUAAUCUGGGGUAAAUAACUAUUAUAAAACCUGUAUUAUCGGAAAUAUGCAGGAUCCUCCAUAAUAAAAAUUUAGAUUUUGCGGAUAUUCCUUACGGAUUCAUUAAGGAUACUCAAACGCCGUUAUAGCUCUUCU